AUGACCACAGUGACUGUAGCACCUGUACCUGUGUUGGGAAACAGUGACAGAAACUGUAUUUCUGUUGACACAUUGCCAGACGAAAUGAAUGAUAUGAAAAUAAAGGAUGAUGAGGUAUGUUUUAUGCUUUUCUUUAUUCAUCAUUCCCUAAUAUCUUCUUCUCAUCUUGGAGAAAACUCUAUAGCAUUAGAACCUAGACAUGUUCAUGAAACAUUAGUGUUGAUGUCGACAUUGCAGGAAACGGAGCCAGCUGUAGUUGAUGGCAAUGGCACUGAGACAGGUCAUAUCAUUGUGACAACUGUUGGUGGCGGGAAUGGCCAGCCUAAACAGGUGACGUUUCAUUGCGUGAAGAAGUUUCACUACCUUGCUGAUCCAUUUUAACUGAGUGUACCUCGAUGGGGUUAGACAGUUUUGGAAGGUUUUCACGAUGUAAUUGUUGACCUGUUUCUUUGUAUUCUAGAAGAUGAUUUGUAGUCAAUUUUAUUUCGGUGGCUUACUAUACCUAUUUCCUUUCUAUCAUUUUAUAAUUUUGAAUGUUGGCUUUCGUUCAUGGCAGACGAUAAGCUACAUGACUGAGCGUGCUAUAGGCCGUGGAUCAUUUGGAGUUGUAUUCCAGGUUGGUUCGAUAGUGCAAUAAAAUGAAAGAAUUUGUUUUUCUGCGAUUAUUUGUGGGUACACACUUUAUCCCUUUUUGCAUGGCUUUGAACAAGUUCCCAUGCACAGAUAGGUCUGUAUGCAUAUACAUAUAUAGGUUCGUAGUGUGCUUUAUUUUGAGGCCAUCAUGACUUUACAUUGAGAGGUGUUACCCUUUUGCGAUCAUCCCAAGCAUAUUAUAAUCACGACACUUUUCUUUACAAUUUUUGCAGGCCAAAUGCCUGGGCACCGGAGAAACUGUGGCAAUUAAAAAGGUUCUUCAAGAUAAGAGAUACAAGAACCGUGAGCUCCAAACAAUGCGCCUUCUUGACCAUCCCAAUGUCGUGUCACUGAGACACUCUUUUUUUUCGACUACGGAUAAUGAUGAGCUCUAUCUCAAUUUGGUUCUGGAGUAUGUGCCAGAGACUGUCUACCGAGUAGUCAAACAUUACACUAAGAUGAACCAGAGAAUGCCUCUAAUAUUUGUGAAGCUGUACUUUUACCAGGUAUAAUUUUCUGUCCUUUGUCCUUUGACUUUUAUGCCUUAGUACCUCCCCAAGGGAAAUUCAUUCUACAAUGUGUAUAGCAUAGUUUGUUAAAAGCUUGUGCGCUUGUAUGCUUGUUCUAGUGUACUAGUCUUUGAUUACUAGAUGCUCUUAUGGGACUCUACUGGUGUUUGGAUCUUUUACAAUCCGCUAAAAUUUUAUGCAGAUUUGUAGAGCUUUAGCCUAUAUCCAUGGUAGCAUCGGAGUGUGCCACAGAGACAUCAAACCUCAAAAUCUUCUGGUAAACUUUACAUACCCGCCAAUUUAGAUUCCUGUAUGUGUAAUAGUUCAGUAUAAUUGAUAUGCUUUUGAGUGUCUUUAUCUAGUGACUUACCACGAACGAAUAUUGCUCGAUCAGGUUGACUUAUGUGCUUUCUUUCUUCUUUGAGCAGGUCAACCCACAUACCCACCAGCUGAAAAUAUGUGACUUUGGAAGUGCAAAAGUUCUGGUACGUACACAGACCCUAGUGAUGAACUCUCACUUGUUCAAUGAUACUUAAUGCAUGGUACCCGUGUUCUUCUACUAUGUAACAGGUAAAAAGAGAGCCGAACAUAUCGUACAUCUGCUCUAGGUACUACAGAGCUCCUGAGCUAAUUUUUUGUGCCACUGAAUACACUACGGCCAUUGACGUUUGGUCUGCUGGUUGUGUUCUUGCUGAGCUCCUCCUUGGACAGGUAGAGUCGUGUGAAUUGUCAAUUUCUGAGUAGAUGAUGCAAUUUUCUGGGAAAAUGGGUGAGUCAAAGGUGAACUUUCUGUUUAUCACAGCCUCUCUUCCCUGGAGGGAGCGGAGUGGACCAGCUAGUUGAAAUCAUCAAGGUAAGCAACUCUUCUUCGUGAUUAUCUGAGUAGAUUGUUGGCAUUCUCUUUGCAUGCUGUUCAGGUUGUGCUCUUCUGCAGGUUCUUGGCACUCCCACCAGAGAAGAGAUCAGAUGCAUGAAUCCUAAUUACACAGAAUUUAAUUUUCCACAGAUUAAAGUCCACCCCUGGCACAAGGUACACGAGCAUCAGCCACCAUUUUUGUGGGGCCCCUCUGCUUUGGCUUUUCCGCUGGGUCCUUGACAGCCUUUGAAUGACAUCUUUCUUCCAGAUAUUCCCCAUGCGGACGCCACCUGAAGCUGUGGAUCUUGUCUCCCGGCUCUUGCAGUACUCGCCAAACCUCCGAUGCACUGCAGUAAGCAGAUUGUGUCUCGAGAAUAAUUCUAUUUAUGGAAGGCUUCUGAUAUGGCAGCUUACUUGCAGCUGGAGGCAUUGGUUCAUCCUUUCUUUGAUGAGCUCCGUGACCCAAACACCCGUCUGCCCAAUGGAAGAUUCCUACCUCCCCUCUUCAACUUCAAGCCGCACGGUAUCAGACGCUGCUCUAUUCUCUCCUUCUCUGUGCUUCUCUCCGGCACUGGCCUUUGAAAAAGAUGUGAUCUUCUUCUCUCCUGCUGCUGCUGGUGGUGCUCAGAACUGAAGGGAGUGCCGAUGGAGAUCUUGAUGAAGCUGGUCCCGGAGCACGGGAGAAAGCAGUGUGCAUUCCUAGGCUUUUGA